AUGGUCGGCUCCUCACGCACAAUCCACAAGAGGGUCGAAUGCUUGAUCGAUGAGGGCAAUUAUCAUCGCGCCUUAAUCAAGUCAUCGCAUUCGUCGCUCCCUCGCCUUAGUGGUACCCAUCAAGUGGGACCAUUGGUUGGCGGGGUCAAAACCUGGAUAGCUUCUCUCUGUUCCAUAGACAAAGACUGCAUAGUGAACAGCUCAGCGAUGUGUACUCAGUACUCACUCCUCGGCUGUGAAAGAGAGGGAGCUUCUGAGCUAAAUCAAUCCCGCACAGGCGAUUACCCGGAACUUUACACUCAAUGGAAAGCAAAAAGGAAGAAAAAAUCCGCUUUGAAAGCGAUUCCAAAGAACAUAAGAACGACCAGGUGGCGGGCGGGAGCAGCAGAAGCAUUGAGAUUUGCUUGUUCAGAGAUGCGUCAAAGGAGCGUGGAAAGAAGGAUUGGUCUUACUAUCUAUGGGCAGGAAAACUGCCUGGGAAAACAAUCCCAAGGGAAGCUUCUCGCUAUGGCUCCGGAUGACCUUGAGGUUUUCCCCGGUAAGGCCCAGCACCUUUCUCGAAGGAUCUAUGAAAAGAACGAAUGGGUAAGCCCGGUGGUUCAAGGUCGUAAUCUACGGGAUCAACAGAAGCUUCUCUUGGCCUACCUGGAUAAGAGGCUCGUACAGAGACAAGAUCCAGUGAAAGAUUCAUUUCCAGAGUUAGAUCGAGUGGAAUCUUUCCCAGAAAGCUUUAUCGGACUUUCUCUGUCGCUAGCGAAAGAUCAUGCUUGCUGUCUUUCGUUUAGCUCCCUCUCGGCAAUAGAAGGCAUCUCCAAGAAAGAGCAGCUGGUCCCAAUGCAUGCUUUUAAGAAGACAGAUCGUCAAAUGGCGACGUAUAUAAAGAAGUCGGAAGUCGCCGGGGGGGAAUUUCAGCCAAUUCGUAUUCGUACAAAGCUUCUCUACCCCCGAGACGAAUACCAACCAAUAUUUGAAAUACCUCCUUUUCCUACUUUUCCUGCUCCUAGGAAGAUCCGCAGCGCUAUUGAUGUUGGAGGUAAGCCGCUUAGCGCUGUGACAAAGACAGAUGUGAAAAUCGAAGACUGA